CGGGCAGCCACAUUUUUUGGAGUACGAAGGCGCUACCAUGAUUUCCAUGAUACCUCUCGUCGUCACGUCAAGAGAGGUCGCUGCAUCGCAUACCACACAGGGGGCUGCUGACGAUACGGUAUCGAAACAAACUUCUUUUUAUUAGCGAUCCCCCCCAAAACACAUCAAGAUUAUUGACGAGUCUUGAAGAUGGCAAUGCUAACACUUCAUAUCGUUCUCACCAGUAUUUUCCACCUUUUCACGGCAUUUUCUUUGAUAUUCUGCCCUCUGUACAUCGCACUAGGUUGGUUAUUUUCAGUUGAAUAUUGUUUCUAUGCAGCCAUUACUGUUUUAGCUGGGGCAUUGCUUGCAUUGUUGGUGUUCAGAAUACGGCGGACUGAUAAACAACAACUCGAAACUUUCAAAGGGUCGGGAUGGCCGAGCAGUAAUAUUGCACAUAGAGGUGGUGCGAUUGAGGCCCCAGAAAAUACUUUAGUUGCCUUCAAAGAGGCCAGCAAGAAUGGGUCCAAGUUUGUGGAGAUGGAUCUUGAGAUGACCAAAGAUGGUAUACCAGUCAUCCUCCAUGAUGCAACACUAGACAGAACGACUGAUGGGAUGGGACCUAUCAAGAAUUACACUCUAGCUGAGGUAGUUAAACUCAAUGCAGCAGCCAAGCAUCCACUCAGAGACCAAUUUGCUCAUGCCACAAUCCCAACACUAGAAGAAGCGACCGUGGAGUGCCUUGGCCUUGGUCUGAAGAUCUUUUUUGAUGUAAAAGAUUGGUCAGAUAAGAUGGUGAAUACUUUAGUUGAUCUCUACAGAAGACAUCCUGCUUUAUAUGAGCGUGCGAUGGUCUGCUCUUUCUUCCCGCCACUAAUAUACAAGCUACGUCGGAAAGACAGUACAAUCCUGACGGGUCUUACAAGCUCCCACAAUUUUCUAGAGAAUAAUUUUACGACAGAAACGGAUCCCUUUUGGAAACGCUGUUUGGCUGCUGCAGGGGACUAUGUUUUGAUGUGGAGUCAUGAAGCUUGGUUGUGGUUGCUGUGUGGUAAUGCGGCCGUUCUUCUCAAUAAAAAAUCAGUACACCAAGCCACAGUGGAUUAUUGGAACCAGCGAGGUAUUCAAACUGUGGUGUGGACCGUCAACGAACCAGUAGAGAAAGAAUAUUUCCAUAAAUCUUUAGAAUGUGGAGUCAUUUCUGACAGUGUGCUAGCUACAAAAACUUAAAGAAAAUGUCAUCUGAACAAUGAACCAAAAAAAAAUAUGCAAUGUUUAUGAUUUGAUAAUGAAGUAAUUCCACCAACUGCAUCUGCAAUGCAAUAAAACAAAACCAAGUAAAAUUUCUCUAAGUAUUAAGGAUUUGAAACUUUGCGUGGUGCCGUAUAUUCUGGUGGGGAUUGUGGUAGCACCAUGUGUGCAUUGGAUGCAUUUGAGAGUGCUAUUCAGUUUGGGUCAAUCUGUUUGUGAACACCUCAAUCGUACAGUGCACUACAUUAGUGUCCACUAUAUCUCAAAAAGGCUAAAUGCAUUUUAGGCAAGAAUAUUUCAAGGGACUUUUCCACCAUGACCAUCUGUAUACCAUUGAAUUUGUGUGUAAUUAUGGAAAGUUUUAUAUUUUCAAUUUGACCAACAAUGUGUACACCCUUGAAGGCACUGGACACUAUUGGUUGUCACUCAAAAUAAUAAUUAGCAUAAAACCUUACUAGGUAACAAGUAAUGGGGAGCUGUUGAUAGUAUAAACGUUGUGAGAAACGGCUACCUCUGAAGUUGGAUAUGUAAUAAAGUAAUACAUGUUGAUAUACAAAUAUAUAAAUUUAAUUAAAAACAAUUUACUUCUAAAACUUUAAGUAUUAUUAGUAAUUAAAAUGUGAUAAACAAUUAUAAUUAAUUAUUUUAUAAUUCUUCAAGUCUCUUGAACUUGAACACUGUUGUAUUUGUGAUCAUGACACAAACACUAACAUUUCUAUUUUUUAUGUUUAUAUACCAAUGUGCCUUUUUUACCAUUGGUGUUAAAUGUUGAAACAUAUGAAAUAUAGUUUUAGUUUAAUUUGGAUAUUAUAUACCUCUCACAGACUGUACCUAAAUUAACAGACUUUUGAGGCAUUCUUGGUUCAAUUACCAGAAGUUAAUAAUGAUGUGUCAAUCAGAGGUCUAGUUGCAAUGGAGAGAGUUAAAUCUUGCCUGAGUUGAGUUAUCUGGUUGUAUGGAACGUGUAAUUGUGGUUUUAUGAAUAAAUUAGCCCUUAAUCUCUACCUUAGAGUACUUAGAACUCUUCUAAAAUUAGUCUAGGUCCUCA